AUGGCUCCUGAAUCAUAUCGUGAAAAUGAUGAGUCGGUUGAUAAAGCACGUUACAAAAAAGAAUCUGAUAUGAUGGUAGAUGGAAACCCUGUUGGCUUAAAGGAAAUCUACGAUGUUCAACUUAAAGAUCUACUUUCAUGGAUGCUACAACGUUUACCUGAACUAAGACCAUCUGCCAACGAGGCGUUAGAACACCCUUAUCUACAAUCCUAUGAGAAGAACUUUGAUAUGCUGUGUGAUGUGGCAAACCAACCAGAGAUAGAGAUACCGUAUUUAGGUCAUCCUCUUAACUCAGAUGUGCAUGAGCAGUUAAAUGGUCUAAAAAAUUGGAUGGACCGUAUUGAACCCGAAGUCUUUAGUAAUUUCAAUAAAAGUCGAUACGACUCCACAUGGUUGGGUUGCUUAAAAUUUUUGCAAAACGUUCGCCAGAAUCGGCUUGAUAAACCACUCAUACAUAUCAAGGAAGGCAACUAUAAACAGUAUUUCUUACGAGUUUUCCCAGAGCUUCCUCUGCUGGUGCAUAGAAUCACGAGGUUUAAUGAUUGGAAAACAAAACCUGAUCUUGAAGAACAUUUUACAAAAUUACAGUUGGAAGAAUGGAAGUAUUUUGAUCAAUCAAUAAAGCACAAAGAGAUGUUCUUAAAAUUAAUUAAGUAUGGACGUGACCCAGAUAUCAAGGUUAAAUGUGUGAACGACGUACGUGUAAUUUUCUCGGACGAGUUUUGCAUUGGCAAAGGAAAUAAUGAAACCCGUGUUUAUCUUGGACUAAAAAAGGAUGGUUAUGGAAAAGCAGUGAAACGAGUACGUCGAGAUGACUGUAUCAAGGAAGCAGAGAACGAAAUGAAAAUUUUGAAUCAAAUCAAAGCUAAGAAGUCGAAUUAUGUUGUAAAUUGUUACUACUUAGAAGAAGAUACCGGAACUGAAUAUGUCUAUUUGAUACUUGACCUAUGUGAAGAAUCGCUGGAGAGUUUCGUAAAAUCUUCUACUUUGGAGGGUCUUCAAAAAUCUCUUCCCGAAAUUCUCAAGCAAAUUUUAAAAGGAUUAGCUGAUCUUCAUAGCGAACCAAAUCCUAUUCUUCAUCGUGAUUUAAAACCAUCUAAUGUUCUUCGAGAUGCACAUGGACAAUAUCUGAUAGCUGACUUCGGUAUUAGUCGAAUAUUGAAAAACGCCCUUCAGACAUAUGUAAGCGAUUGUACUAAGGGAACUCAGUAUUGGAUGGCUCCUGAAUCGUACGUUGUUAAUGAAGAGUCAGUUGAUAAAGCACGAUACAAACCAGAGUCUGAUGUAAUGAAUGCAGGAAUGGUGGCUUAUUAUGUUGCAACAAAAGGGAAGCAUGCUUUUGGAACUGUAAAGAAUAGACUGAAAAACUUGCUAGAUGGAAGCCCUGUUGGAUUGAUGGAAAUCGAUGAUGUUGUACUUAAAGAUCUACUUUCAUGGAUGCUGCAACAUACACCCGAACUCAGACCAUCUGCCAAAAAAGCGUUAAAACAUCCAUAUCUGCAAUCUGCUGAAGAGAACUUUGAUAUGUUGUGUGAUGUGGUGAAUCAACUGGAGAUAGAGAUAAGUGAUCCUCUCAACUCAGAUGUCCAUAGGCAGUUAAAUGAUCCAGAAAAUUGGAUGGACCGUAUCGACGGAGAAAUUUUUAACAAUUUCAAUGACUUUGAUCCUACAUGGUUUGGCUGCUUAAAAUUUUUACAAAACGUUCGCGAGCAGUGGCAAGAUGAACCUCAUCCACAACUGCCAUUAAGUGAGGGCAACUAUAAAAAGUAUUUCCUGCAAGUUUUGCCGGAGCUUCCUCUUCUCGUGCACAUAAUCAUAAGGUAUAUCGAAAGGAAAUCCACUCCAGAUCUGGAAGAACAAUUUGCUAAAUUGCAGUUGAAAGAAUGGAAGUAUUUUGAUCAAUCAAUAAAGCACAAAGAGAUGUUCAUGAAAUUAAUUAAGUAUGGACACGACUCAGAUAUCAAAGUUACAUGUGUGAACGACGUACGUGUAAUUUUCUCGGACGAGUUUUGCAUUGGCAAAGGAAAUAAUGAAACCCGUGUUUAUCUUGGACUAAAAAAGGAUGGUUAUGGAAAAGCAGUAAAACGAGUACGUCGAGAUAACUGUAUCAAAGAAGCAGAGAACGAAAUGAAAAUUUUGAUUGAAAUCAAAGCUAAGAAGUCGAGUUAUGUUGUGAAUUAUUACCACUUAGAAGAAGAUACCGGAACUGAAUAUGUCUAUUUGAUACUUGACCUAUGUGAAGAAUCGCUGGAGAGUUUCGUAAAAUCUUCUACUUUGGAGGAUCUUCAAAAAUCUCUUCCCGAAAUUCUCAAGCAAAUUUUAAAAGGAUUAGCUGAUCUUCAUAGCGAACCAAAUCCUAUUCUUCAUCGUGAUUUAAAACCAUCUAAUGUUCUUCGAGAUGCACAAGGACAAUAUCUGAUAGCUGACUUUGGUAUUAGUCGAAUAUUGAAAAACGGCCUUAAGACACAUGUAAGCGAUGCUACUAAGAGAACUCUCUAUUGGAUGGCUCCUGAAUCUUACGUUCCUAGUGAAGAGUCAGUUGAUAAAGCACGAUACAAACCAGAGUCUGAUGUAAUGAAUGCAGGAAUGGUGGCUUAUUAUGUUGCAACAAAAGGGAAACAACCUUUUGGAACUCUAGAGUAUAGACUGAAAAACUUGUUAGAUGGAAACCCUGUUGGAUUGAUGGAAAUCGAUGAUGUUGUACUUAAAGAUCUUCUUUUAUGGAUGCUGCAACAUAAACCCGAACUCAGACCAUCUGCCAAAAAAGCGUUAAAACAUCCAUAUCUGCAAUCUGCUGAAGAUAACUUUGAUAUGUUGUGUGAUGUGGUGAAUCAACUGGAGAUAGAGAUAAGUGAUCCUCUCAACUCAGAUGUCCAUAAGCAGUUAAAUGAUCCAGAAAACUGGAUGGACCGUAUCAACGGAGAAAUUUUUAACAAUUUCAAUGACUUUGACCCUACAUGGUUAGGCUGCUUAAAAUUUUUGCAAAACGUUCGCGAGCAUUGGCAAGAUGAACCUCAUCCACAACUGCUGCAAAGUGAGGGCAACUAUAAAAAGUAUUUCCUGCAAGUUUUUCCGGAGCUUCCUCUUCUGGUGCACAGAAUCAUAAGGUAUAUCGAAAGGAAAUCCACUCCAGAUCUGGAAGAACAAUUUGCUAAAAAUAUGAUUGACGAGGAGGCCUUUCUCAAUUUAAACGAAGAAACCUUGAAGGAGAUGAGGAUUCCUAUUGGACCACGAAUCAAACUAUUGAAAAAAAUCAAAUUUCAGGCAUCUUCAAGUCCCGAGUUCACUUGUCAGCCAAAAGAAAACGAGACAGAGCGUUCAGUAGCAUCAAAUCAGUCUAUAUUUGAGAGCUGUGGGGCUCAAAUUUUUCAACCGAGAAAGAAACCCAGGAAUGAUUUUAAUAACAAAUCGAUUUUAGAAGAGUCCGAAGUUGGUGCUCAAGUGAUUUGCGAACUGGAUACGGAUAAGUUAAGCAGAAAAAGCAGAAUCAAGAUGGUUCAGAUACUAGUGGCUUACAUAAUUAAUCAGUUUGGAGAAAGGCCUCAUGCAGACAUCAAAAUCCAAAUGGCAAAGGCAGUGAUAGAGCAGUUUCCUUUCCUUAAAGACGAAGAGGGUCAAGGAUAUGAAGCUUGGUACACGCCAGGAAAGGGAAUUCAUUCUGCUACAGGGUGGUUGGAAGAACGGCUUAGAAAUGUUAGGAGAAAGAGCAUAAAACACCGUCAGACUGAACAAGAAUUUGGCUCAACUUCAACUUCUUUAAAACACUUGGCAAGAUCUCUACCAGGUUAAAUUCGUCAAUUAAAAAGAUAUUAGAAGUUUAUUUGAUGGUGCUUGUAGAAAAUUUGAUUUUUUUUUCUUAAAAAGAGCCAGUCUUAAAUCGAUCAGAAUGGAUUUAGGCCGUAUUCUGUGCCCCGAAAAUGUGCUUAGAAAACGAUUUUCGUAUGUAAAAAUAUAUGACUAAAUAAAAAUCACACAGAAAUACUUAAUAAAACUUACUUAUUAAGA